GAUACAAAUCAUCUAGCAUAUCCAAUCGGUUGUAAGCUCGAGUUUAUCACAAAAAGUGGCGCGUUCAGCGCAUACAAGUGGCAGAGCAUUGCAUAGUGACAUUGUGGCGAACGCGAUCGGAUCGCUUUCUUUCUUUCGCCGAGGACAGAACAGAUACAGUUAGUGUGAGACACCGCCUGCAAGGAAGGAGUUUUCGGCGGUGCGGCACGUCAGAGUAGUAAACAAUAUUGAAAAACACACCUAGCCAGGCCAGCCAGCAUGAGCGCCGCCGCAAAGGAGGGCAGAAAGACAGAUGGCUCCUCCGAAAGGGCCAGCAGGGCCAGCACAACUGUAGUGAAAAUAAUUGGCGUGGACAAACUGUGCUUGCCAAGCGUCAAAGGCCCGACGACGCGCAAGAAGCUGCUCAAUGACGUCGCCGCCUCUGGCAAGCCGGAUAAACGUGUGAGCCUUGGUGGCGCUCGCAUAAAAAUUCUGAAUGAUGAGGCCCUGAUCUCCCCAAAAGCCGAGAAACGCAGCCCACAAAAGACAGUCAGUCCCUCGGGCUCUGUCAAGAUAUUGAACGAGAAGCGCCUGGCUCCAUCCGCGGCGACGACUGUGGAGACGACAAAGAUCAAGACGUCCGCCACCAAACAGAAGAAGAAGAUGGAUCAUUAUGUGCUGCAGGCCGUCAAGGCCGAGAACAGCAAAGCAGACACCACAUCCAGUGUAUCUGAGGAAGACGAGAGCAUUGCCUUCAUCCUAGCCGACGACGAUGAAAUCGAACCUGUGGCUAGUCGUGCCAAUGGCGAGGAGAUUGUGGUUUCAGGUACAGAAGAUGACAAUGAGGAUGAUGAGGAUGAGGAUGGCGAUGGCGAGGGCGCUGUUAAGAGCACCUCUGGCAACCAGGUGGCGAUCAAGGAAAUGGUUGAACAUGUUUGCGGCAAGUGCUACAAGACAUUCCGCCGUGUGAAGAGCCUUAAGAAGCACUUGGAAUUCUGUCGCUACGACAGUGGCUAUCAUCUGCGCAAGGCGGAAAUGCUCAAGAACUUGGAGAAGAUUGAAAAGGAUGCUGUGGUGAUGGAGAAAAAGGACAUUUGCUUCUGUUGCAGCGAGAGCUAUGACACCUUUCAUUUGGGCCACAUCAAUUGCCCCGAUUGUCCAAAGUCAUUCAAGACGCAGACCAGCUACGAGCGUCAUAUCUUCAUCACGCACUCGGAGUUCAAUACGUAUCCCUGUUCCAUUUGCAAUGCCAAUUUGCGCAGCGCCGCAUUGCUGACGCUUCACGAGGAGCAGCACAAGUCGCGUGGCAAGCCAUAUGCCUGUAAGAUCUGCGGCAAGGAUUUUACACGCUCCUAUCACCUGAAGCGCCACCAGAAGUACUCGUCCUGCUCGGCCAAUGAGAACGAUACCAUGAGCUGUAAGGUGUGCGAUCGCGUCUUCUAUCGCCUUGACAAUCUGCGCUCGCAUCUGAAGCAACAUUUGGGCACACAAGUGGUGAAGAAACCCGAGUACAUGUGCCACACCUGCAAGAAUUGCUUCUACAGCCUGUCCACGCUCAACAUUCACAUACGCACCCACACUGGGGAGAAGCCCUUCGAUUGCGAUCUGUGUGACAAGAAGUUCUCGGCCUUGGUGGCUCUCAAGAAGCAUCGACGCUACCACACCGGCGAGAAGCCCUACAGCUGCACAGUGUGCAAUCAAUCCUUUGCUGUCAAGGAGGUGCUCAAUCGCCACAUGAAACGACACACCGGAGAGCGUCCGCACAAGUGCAACGAGUGUGGCAAGAGCUUCAUCCAGGCCACCCAGCUGCGCACCCAUUCCAAAACCCAUAUACGUCCCUAUGCCUGCGACUUGUGUGACGAAAAGUAUAAGACAGAGAAGCAACUCGAGCGCCACGUUAAGGAGCACACGCGGCAGAAGCGCGCAUCAUUUGCUUGCACUGACUGCAAGCGUACCUUUCGAACCACAGCGCUGCUCAAGGAGCACAUGGAUGCCGGCGAUCAUUCGCCCAAACCACAACGCGCCAAGCGCUCAGCCACCAAGGUUAUCGAGCGCACGGACUGCGCCAUUUGUGACAAGAACUUCGACAGCACCGAGACCUUGCGCAAGCAUAUACGCUGCGUCCACGAAUGCGAUCCGGAUGACAUCUUUGGGGUCGAACCGCCAAAGCGCAGCAAGAAAUCCAAAAAGAAUGUCGAAGCAGAGGAGGAUACUGAAAUAGUGGAUCUUGAUCCAUCGGGCGGUUCGCUUAUUUCGAGCAAAACCGAUGGCAAUGGUGUUGUGGUCAGGGAGUUUCUGGUGGACGAUGGCAGUGCCCAGACCAUCUUGUUGGAGAACGAGACGUACACCAUUCUGCCCCUGGAUGAUGGGGGCACUAGCAGCGACCAACAGGUGCCCGAAACAGGGGACAAUGUCAAGCCGGAGGCCAACAAAAGUGAGUCGAAGAAAGCGGUGGUUUCCCCGGUGGUCAAGAAGGAGCAGCGCAAAUCGCUGGCGGCCAGCUUGGCCGCAGCUAUUGCCGACAACAUGGAGGAGCCGACAAGUGAGGACGAUUUCAGCGGCGAUGUACUCACCGAAUGCGACCUGAAGCUCAAGGAGAAUGUCGCCAAACUGAUUGACAUGCUGGUCGAUCCGCACAUCCUCAAGAAGUACGGCUGGCCCAACACCUCCGAGGAGACAAUGCUCUGCAAGGUGAUCGAGAACUGUGGCCACGAUCUGAGCAAGGAUGAGAGCUACGCUGAGCUGGAAUACGGCGAUCGUAUGCGUGAAUAUUGCAAACUUCUCUUCACUGUGGUCAUCCACAAUGAAUCCAUACGAUCUCUGCUCAACAAUUUCCCCAUCGAUGAUGUCAUCGAGUAUGUGCUAGGGGACGAGGACCAGGAGAAUGAGCAGGAGGAGGAUGAUGGCAAGCAGAAAGAAAAUGAUGCUGCAUCCGACCACAAUUCGGAUACCGCAGAGGCCCCUACAGAUGAUAAGGCUUAGGGAGAAUGGAGUGUUAAGCAUUAAGUUAAGAAAAAGUUACACUUUUUUUUCCGGUUUCGGUUCAAACACCAAGUGACCUUAGAAAUGUAUGAAUGCAGCCGAACCGUCUGUUUAUUUGUUUGUUGCAUCUAAAACGAUUUAUACACAAAAGAGAAGAGAGAAAAAACACAAGCACCUUUGCCGACACAAAUGUGCAGGAUAUUUUUAGAUAUUAUAUUUACAAAUUGCAUACUACGUAAUUAUGUAUAUUCGUGCGGCAUAGUCUAUCCAUCUAUUUUUAAUAGACAUAUUAAAACAUAUUAAACACAA